AUUCAAUACUUGAGUGGGCAAAAUGUAUGUGUUACGGGUUUUGGUAUUUAGUAGCUAUGUGCUUUUGGUUAAGAGUAUUGGUUUUGAAGAAGUUGCGGGUAAAGGCAGAUGGUUAAUGUUAAACAUCCUGCAGUGUGAAGAUGCCGACGACAUGGAAUUUAACUUCGAUCUAACUCGUAGGAAAAUAAACCGAACGCAUGACGCUUUUUCUUUCAAAGUUGACUUCGAUAGAGAAAUUAAUGAAACUUACGGUAUAGAAAUAGUGGCGUACAAAGAAGUGGACGGUGGCUUCAAGUUAUACCAUCAAAUGCAAGAUGAAAGUUUCUGUACCUUCGUCAAGAAAUAUACAGGAGACAACUGGGAAAAGUUUUUCAAAAUGGCCAACAUUGAUCCUCCUGACUGUCCUAUAAAACCGGGUGAAGUAAAAGUAGUCGACUUCAUAUUGGACUACAAAGAACUAGAAGAGACCGGUCUCUAUGGAGUAUUCGACGCAUCUAACUACAUGCUGGACAAGGGCCGCAGGGUCGGCUGUGUGAGGCUGCUAACCACCUUCGAGAAAGAUGAUGAUGAUGACGAUGAUGAUGAUGAUUCUUAGUUUUAAGAUACGUUUGUUAGAAUGAUUUUGU